GUUCGGCGGCCCCGUCCGGCUUUCCCGCCCUCGUUCUUAAUCUCGGAUCGCGGGGGCAGAGCCCGGGCCCCGGUGGGCGGGCCGCACCGCGAGGGAGGGUCCCGCAGAACUCGCCCGUCCCUCCCGUUCUCCGGGGGCGACGACGCAGGGCUCUGGAGUGGGGCAUUUACUGACCACACACCCGGGCUCCGGGGCAGGCGCGUCUGGGUUUUGCUUACGUGGCCAGGACAGUGGGCUGGGCAAACUCUGGCUUCCUACUUGGGUCGCUUGUGUGACCCGGCCGGUUGCAGGACCUCCGACCCUCAGUAUUUCCCGCCGGCGCAUCCGUGAGGGUGUGCACUGGGGCAUCUCGUCUGCUGGCUGGCACUCAGAGCCUGUACUGGUCUGUCCCCCCAGUGGCUGUAGGCUCUGAACCCGCCUGGAUGGAGGCGGGGAGUCCUCCCUUGAGCACGGCCAGGCCCUGCUAGGCAGGGCCAGGAACACAGAUGAGGCAGUGUUCCUAGGAAGCUGCGGUUUCACGGAACCAGGAGCCUCUUGCGGGCUUCAGUCAGCGUUUGCCCCGGCCUUUGUAAAGGGCGUCUGAAUGGCACUGUUUCCGGGUGUGACUCCUUCCCGGGCUUUCUGAUCACGCUGGAAUGAAACCCAGCUCUCUUCUCUGGCUCCCACCUUCAGGGCCUCGGGAACACCCGUGUGCAGUCAGCGUCCACAUGGCACUCUGAAAACACUUGGGCUCGAACCAUGAACCUCGACAUCCAGUAUCAGGAGCUGAGUGACGCCCGGUGGACAGAGCUCCUGCCUCUGAUGCAGCAAUGCGAGGUGGUCAGGCUGGAGGACUGUGGCCUCACGGAGGAGCGGUGCAGGGACAUCCGCUCUGCCCUCCAGGCCAACCCCUCCCUGACCGAGCUGAACCUUUGCACUAGCAAGGUGGGCGACGGCGGGGUGCACCUGGUGCUCCAGGGCCUGCAGAGUCCGGCCUGCAAGAUCCGGAAGCUCAGCCUCCAGAACUGCUGCCUGACCAAAGCCGGCUGUGGGGUCCUGCCCGGCGUGCUGCGCUCCUUGCCCACCCUGCGGGAGCUGCAGCUCAGCAGCAACCCGCUGGAGGACGAGGGCCUGCAGCUGCUGUGCGAGGGCCUCCUGGACCCCGAGUGCCACCUGGAGAACCUGCAGCUGGAGUAUUGCAACCUGACAGGCGCCAGCUGUGCGUCCCUGGCCUCGGCGCUCAAGGCCAAGGAGCACUUCAAGGUGCUUGUGGUGAGCAACAAUGCGAUGGAGGAGGCCGGCGUGCGGGUGCUGUGCCAGGGCCUGGUGGACUCUGCCUGCCAGCUGGAGGUGCUCAGGCUGGAGAACUGCGGCCUCACGGCAGCCAGCUGUGAGGACCUAUGUAGGGUCGUGGCAGCCAAGCCCUCGCUUCAGAUCCUGGACCUGGGGGACAACAAGCUGGGUGACGAGGGCAUCGCCACGCUGUGCUCGAGCUUGCUGCAGUCCAGCUGCCAGAUCCAGGUCCUGAGGCUCUGGGACUGUGACAUCACCAUCACGGGCUGCAGAGACCUGUGCCGCGUCAUCAGGGCCAAGCAGAGCCUGAAGGAGAUAAGCCUGGCGGGCAACGUGCUGGGGGACGAGGGGGCCCGGCUGCUGUGUGAGGGCCUCCUGGAGCCCGGCUGCCAGCUGCAGACCUUGUGGGCGAAAUACUGCAGCUUCACGGCCGCCAGCUGUGCCUCCUUCGGAGAGGUGCUGGCCCAGAACAAGGGCCUCACGGUGCUGCAGCUGAGCAACAACAAGCUAGGCGACGCGGGCGUCCGGGACCUGUGCCAGGGUCUGCGCCAGCCAGGUGCCGUGCUGCGCGAUCUGGGCCUGGGGGACUGCGAUGUGGCUGAUGAAGGCUGCGCCAGCCUGGCCUCGCUCCUGCUGGUCAACCACAGCCUGCGGGAGCUGGACCUCAGCAACAACUGCAUGAGCGAGCAGGGCGUCCGGUGGCUGAUGGAGAGCGUGGAGCAGCCCGGCUGCACACUGGAGCAGCUGGUCCUCUACGACAUCUACUGGUCGGAGAAGAUGAAUGACGACAUGUAUGCCCUGGAGGAGCGCAAGCCCGGCCUGAGGAUCAUCUCCUGAGCCCGGCCGCGCCCUCCCGAGGGCCUCCUAGCUUUGAACCAAGAGAUGCUCUCAGCUCACUAAUGCAAGAAAGUUCUAGACACUUUAUUAAAGCACUUUUUUUGGCAGGA